AUUUUUUUUAUCAUUUUUUUAUUAAAACUUAAUAGUAUCGCAAAUACAUCUUCAAAUAUAUAGUUGUUUAAUUUAACUAUGCCCAUUGUUUUGGGAGGAGGCAUUAGUGGCCUUUCGGCCGGCUAUUAUUUAUUGAAAAAAUUUGGUCAACCAACUGCUAUCUUUGAAGCUUCCAAUCGUGUGGGUGGCUGGAUACGAACGGAAAAACAUAAAGAAAAGGGUUUCAUAUUUGAAGCGGGACCAAGAACAAUUAGACCCAAGGGUAUACCAGGAGCUAAUACGUUAGAGUUGAUAGAAGAUCUUCAAGUACCUAUAGAAGGUAUCAAAUCUUCGCAUGCUGCUGCCAAGAAUCGCAUGAUCUAUGCAAAGGGUAAGCUAUGUAUGCUUCCCAAUAGUUUAGGAGGUGCAAUGAAAACCAUACCACCAUUUAGUCAACCCUUAAUGAUGGCAGUUUGGAAUGAUUUAAUGGCUGGUGCGAAAAAAAUCAAGUAUGGCGAUGAGUCCAUUUAUGAUUUUGUUCACAGAAGAUUUGGUUCAGAGAUUGCCGAUUAUGCCAUAAGUCCUAUGAUUUGUGGCAUUUGUGCGGGAGAUGCAAAAGAGAUAAGUGUUCGUUUUUUAAUGAAUGACCUGUUUGAAACAGAGCAGAAAUACGGUGGGGUAGUUAAAGGCAUGCUUAUGAGUACCAUGAAUAAAAGUAAAAAAGACAUGAAAGGUUUGGGUUUAUUUGCCGAAAAAGAACCGAAUUUAUAUACGGAAGCAAAGAAAGAAAAAUGGAGCAUGUACGGAGUAGAAGACGGUUUGGAGACUCUGCCUAGACGUAUGAACGAAUAUUUAAAGGACCACAACGUAGAAGUUAAUCUAAGCUCAGAAUGCAAAGACAUGAUUUUCUCUAGUAAUGGAGCACGUUUAAAUAUUAAAGACCAGGAAAUAGAAACCGAACAUGUGAUUAGUUCCAUACCCAGCUACAAACUAGCCGCAUGCCUCAAGAAUCAACAUCCUGGUUUAGCGGGCCAACUUUUAGCAAUACCCUAUGCCGAUGUAGCUGUAGUCAAUUUACAGUACAACACUAACGAUCUGCUGAAACAGUCUGCAUUUGGUUUCUUAGUUCCUCCUUUAGAAAGAAGACCUAUUUUGGGUGUAAUAUUCGAUAGUUGUUGUUUUGAUAUGCAGGAAAACACCGUGCUUACAGUCAUGAUGGGUGGCAAAUGGUUUGAGCACUAUUUUGGCAGAAAUCCUACACAAAAGGAACUCUUAGAUAUAGCGCUGAAUGAGCUGCAGCAUAUAUUGGGUAUACAUCAGGAACCCAAAACAACUAGGGUGCAUAUUUUGAAAAAAUGUAUACCGCAAUAUAAUGUCGGCCACAGGCAAAGGGUCGAAGACAUAAGACGUUAUAUACAACGCUACAAAUUACCGCUUUCGUUGUGUGGUUCAGCUUAUGAUGGCGUAGGUAUUAAUGAUGUUAUAUUGUCUGCCAGAAAGAGUGUAUACGAACUGCCUUCGAUUUGAAAAAGAAAAAUAUAUGGAUGAUAUUUUAAAGCAAUUUUUAAUAUAUUUAUAUUUUAAUAUAGUUAAACAUAUUUUGUUAAAGCUACAUUUAUUUUAUGUAAGAAUUAAAUAAAUAGAAACGCCAAAACUUAUCGGUAGUUACAUUGGAUACGACA